GGUCGAUUGCCACACCUACGGAAUAAUUAGUUUUAUGUUUGUGUAUAUAGCGGUUGUGAUCUAUGAAAAUCUGUGAUAACAUUGGACGUUGAUAAACAAGGAAAUACUUAUAAAAAUUAAAUGCUGACUGCGAAUGUGUUAUAACAUAAUAUAACUCCCGUACAAAUAUAAAUUUGUUACUUAACUGUACCUUUUAUAAGCACUAUAAUUAAACUGUUUACAGUAAAAGUGCACAAAAGUGAAUUCCAUUAAAGUGCAAAAAUGCCAAGGAGAAAGAGAGCUUCCAGUCCAUUUGAUCCAUUCGACGAUGACUUCGACGAGGAUGCCAGCUCCCAAAGUUCCAAAAACGGAAAUCCACCAGUGCAACGAAACGCUGCCAAUGCAAGAGAGAGAGCGCGAAUGCGUGUCUUGUCCAGUGCCUUUGGAAGACUGAAAACAAAACUGCCCAACAUUCCGCCAGACACAAAAUUAUCCAAAUUGGAUACACUACGCUUAGCGACGAUGUAUAUCAAACAAUUGAAAGUGCUAGCUGAAGGUGGCGCAGCGAGUGCAGAAAAUCAGGAUGCAUUGCAAGAGAGUGCAAGCAUUUUUAGAAUGCAAGGUGUUCCACAAAGCAUG